CAUAGCAGUACGUUUUAGCAAAAGCUGUGCCUUAAGUCUUCUUCUUGAGUUGUUUGAGAGAGAGAGAGAGAGAGUUAAGUCUUCUUGUUGAGUUGUUUGAGAGAGAGAGAGAGAGAGUUGAGUCUUCUUCAUGAGUUGUUUGAGAGAGAGAGAGAGAGAUCAAUCGUAGCUAUUCUAUCCAGUUCUUGAUUGAAUUGAGACAGAUCGCUGCAGUUCUUCUGUGAGAUUUCACAUCUCAUCUGCAGGAUCGAUCCGAGUGAUCGAAAGUAUACUGACAGAAGGUUACCAUGGCCUUAUCUGCUGCGGACCUCUUAAUUGGAAAACUUGUGACAAUUCUUGAGAACGAAGGAACAGCCAUAGCAGGUGUUCGUGAUCAAGUUGAAAAGAUUAAGGAGGAGUUUCUAAGCAUGAAAGCUUUCCUAGUGGAUGCGGAAGCCAACAAAGCAAAAACUGAAGGAGAGAAAUUGUGGGUUGCAAGAAUCAGAGACUUGGCCCAUGAUGUUGAAGAUACCAUUGAUGAAUUCAUGUAUCAAACGUAUGAGAAGCAAAGUGGGGGUCAAAUUUCAAGGGGGCUAAACAAAACCAUCUGUGGUCCGAGUAAUCUUUGGUUCAGGCGUAAAACUGCAAAGAAGUUGCAGAAAAUUACGGAUAUGAUCAAAACCAUUCCAGAGAGGAAUCAAAGGUACGGUGUUGGUCUUUUAGGAGGAGCAAUUGCAUCUGAAGAUAUCCACAAAUGUGUGCAGAACCAAGCGGACUCUUCUUUUUUCAUUAUGGAAGACGAACUGGUUGGGAUUGAAGGCAAGAAGCAAAUAUUAAUGGGAUGGCUCAUGGAUGAAGAGCAACACCAAACUGUUAUAUCUGUCGUUGGGAUGGGAGGUUCCGGAAAGACAACUCUAAUUGCCAAGACCUUCUCCCACGAAAGGGUAAAGAGACAUUUCGAAUGUUCUGCGUGGAUUACUGUUUCCCAAACUUAUGCUAUGGUCGACUUGUUUCGAAGCUUGAUCAUAGAACUCUACAAAUCAAGGAAGGAAGAUUUCCCUGCAAAUUUGAAUGCCAUGAGCAGUAGAGAAUUGAUAGAGAUACUGACGGACUACUUGGGGUCUAAAAAGUACCUAGUUGUUCUAGAUGACGUGUGGGAGAUAAGAGUUUGGAGAGAAAUAAAGGUAUCACUUCAAGAUAGACAACGUGGAAGUCGAAUCGUUCUCACCACUCGUAAUGAAGAAGUAGCAUCCAACUCUUUUGGAGUUGAAAGCUAUGUUCACCAUAUUCAGCCCCUGCAAAAGAAUGAGGCUUGGGAGCUCUUCAGCAAGAAAGCAUUCUUAACUUAUCAACACAGAACUUGUCCAACUGAGCUGAAGUCAUUAGCUUUCCAACUUGUGGACAAGUGUGAAGGCCUUCCUCUGGCUAUUGUGGCUUUAGGUGGUCUUAUGUCUUCUAAGAAGUCGUUGGAUCAAUGGCAACAAGUCUGCAACAGCUUGAACUGGCAUCUAGCUAAUAAUUCAUCGCUAGACCCUGUGAAAAACAUCUUGUUGCUGAGUUUCGAUAAUUUGCCAUCCCAAUUGAAACAUUGCUUCCUCUAUUGCUCUCUUUUCCCAGAAGAUUUUGUAAUUAAGAGAAAAAGGCUCAUCAGAUUGUGGAUAGCUGAAGGAUUCGUUGAACAUGUGAAAGGGGUCACGCCCGAAGAAGUUGCAGAUGGCUAUCUUUGGGGACUCUGCUUCCACAACAUGUUACAAGUUGUUGAGAGAAAUGAAACAGGAAGGCCAAAAGAAGUUAAGAUGCAUGAUCUUAUGCGAGAGCUUGCUCUGUCGACAUCUGAAAAAGAAAAGUUUGGUCAUGUAUAUGACGGGAGAGAAGUAAUUGAAGAUAUCUCAACUCGUCGCCUGUCAAUUCACAGAACGAGUAAUGGAGAAAUUAAAUCAUGGCCAGGUAUGUCAAAGAUUCGUUCUCUUCUUGUCUUUGCAACUGACAUGUCCUCAUUGUCUUUCUCAAAUGCACUGGUUUCUCAAUUUAAGUUGUUGAGGACUCUAGACUUGGAGGAUGUCCAAAUUGAUAAACUGCCGGAUGCAGUUGUUUACUUGUUCAACUUGAGAUACUUAAAUUUGAAGGGUUCUUUAAUAAAGGAACUUCCAGAGUCCAUAGGACGUCUCCGCAACCUUCAAUUUCUCAAGAUGGACCGUACUAAGAUAGAAUUACUUCCACAAGGAAUUGCAAAGUUGCUUAACUUGCGCUAUCUAACUAUGUAUCGUCUUAAUAAGUUAGAGUUAUUUAUGGGACAAUUCAAUAUGAUAAGUGGGACAAGAGCACCAUCAAAUAUUUGUAAGUUGCAGCAAUUACAAUAUUUAGGGUGUAUUGAAUCAGAGGGGAACAUUGUUAGACUUGUUGGCAACAUGACUCAACUUAAGAACAUCGCCAUAUCGAAUGUGAAAGAAAGAGAUGAGAUUGACCUUUGGGCCUCAAUUAAGAAGAUGACUCUGCUUCAAGGUCUGCAAUUAAUAGCAAGUAAUGAAGAGGAAAUUCUUCCGGUGAAAGCACAAUGUUCACCUCUUCCGCACCUUCAACAGCUUUCUUUGAUUGGCAGACUGCAAAAUGUAAUACCUUGGUUUUCUUCACUGCAGAGCCUCACAGCUUUGAGUCUGCAUUGGUCUAGACUUGAAGAGGAUUUACUUCCUUACAUUGAAGUACUUCCCAAUCUGACGCAACUUUUUCUUACUAAUGCAUAUGUUGGGAAAGAGUUGUGUUUUGGCAGGGGUUUUGUAAAGCUUAUGAGAUUGCGCUUGGUAAAUUUUGCGUUGUUGAAAAAGAUAACUAUAGAAAAAGGUGUGAUGCCCAAUCUCCAGUACUUAUGGGUUGAUAGCUGCAAGGAUUUGAAGACAGUGCCACUGGGCCUUGAAUAUCUUUCUAAUCUACAAUCUUUGGGCUUGGCGGAUGUUCCUAUGGAAGUUAUACAGCCCAUACAGCGAGGAAGUGCUGAUCACUUUAAGGUACAACACAUCCCUGAGAUCAUACAUGUUUUUGAACAAUCUUCCAAGUGGGUCUCCGAAAACUUGGCCUAGUAUGUCUUUCUCCUCCAAGGUUUUCUCUCUAGCGUGAGAAAACUCUUAAGGCCGGCGGCGUACGUGUACUUGCAGAUCAGUCCUGUCCGGUGGCACCCGGACAUCUUCGCAAGCCUCUGGCCUCGCCGACGUGCCGUGGUCUGCUGUCGGACGGGAUAUUGAUGCUAUUUGCCCAGGAGCUUUCAUGGGAGAGAGGUUUCCGCUUGUGGUUGCGGUAUGCUGGUUUUGGUGGAGUCUCUUGGCGUCGUCUCUGAAUCACAGUGGGUAUUGGUGCUUCGUCGUGGGUUUCCAGGACCGUCGUUAGACGUUUGGCUCGAGGAGGCUUUGAUCUCGUGCGUUGCAUCGUCGUUUGUUCGUAGUGGUGCGGACCGGUUUGCUUAGGUCGAGGUGGCGUGGUACCAUGGCAACACGGUGGUACGAGUCGCGGAGGCUGAGGCAGCAUGGGAUGUGGUGGUACGGGUCAUGGCACGGUGGCAGCGAGGUCGUGCGGCGAUGUCAUCUCCUGAUGUGAGGGCGUGAUGACGUUUUUGGGCUUGGAUCAUUCCAGUAUUGCUGGGCCAUGGAUUGGGCCUUUUCUCUUUGGGGCUAUUGGGCCUUCUAUUUAUGCCGGGUUUUUUUAGCCCUAAGCCCAACUCUAGGAUAGUAAUUUUAUUACUUUCAAUAAGUCCCUAAUUGUUUUAGGGAGCUACGCACUUUUGUGCCUCUAGCGAAUCUUCCGGAGUAGUACUGAUGGAAUAUUCAUGUUAUUUCACUGUAUUUAAUGUCGAGUGAGUGACCUAGUUCUAUGUACCACUGUGGGUACUAACACAUCUUCUUGUCUGUCUAUAGAUGGCAGCGGAAGGGUAUGUAAGGGCUUUUGAUCAAUAUAUUGGCUACUGCCUUCUUUCAAA